CCACGACCCUGAGCCUUUUGUGUUGGCAGAAAGGAAAGAGUGAAGGCUGCUCCCUGAGCUGGGGUGAUGGGGGGUAUCUGACGUCACAAAAGCAGCGCCGGGAGUCGGCGGGCUGGCGUGGGUGGAACCGAGUGCGGAGGCCGCGCGUGGGGCCAUGGGCUGCUGCCAAGGCAAGGACUUUCAGACUUCGGAUGAGCAGGCCAAGGAGGCCGGGUCAGAGGAAGUUCAGGAAGGCAAAGAAUGGGUCGAUGCAGACUCGGCGGAAAACCGGAAUCUCAGGUCGCACGAAAGGCUUCUGAUCACUGUGCUGUGGCGGCGGCUCUCCCUGUUCAGCCGUCGGGGCUCCUCGCGGUCAAACAAGAGGCAAUCAGUCCAGAAUCCAAAGCAGGCGUGUACGUUCCAGGAGUGCAACCGGGAGGGGAUCCAGGAGGAGCCGGAGAAGGGGUGACCCCAGCCUUGUUCUCAGUCCGCCCCAGCCUCCCUC